CGGUCACCGCUACCCUGCCCCACCCCUCAAUGAUGCGGCGCUUCCUUCGCUCCUCGCCACUCAGCGACGCGGUUCGCGAUGGCGUCGUCUGAUGCGCGCAGUCGAUGCUAAUAUUCGAUUUCUGGAUUUGAAAGAGGAAGACGCGCAAGGGACAAGACCCAAUUUGUAUCACGACGAGCUGCCCCGUCCGCCAGACCCGCCCCGCCUCUUCCGGCUGGCGAUCGACUCAAUUGCGACGGUCAGCGCCUUUGUAAUAGCCACGGGACCAAGGACUCCAGCACCAAGAGUUGUCGCAGCUCGACUCCUCGCGAACACGACUCUUAACGAACUCAUGAGCUGUUCGCAAAGUCCACCCCCGCCUCUUGUCAGAUGCUCGAGCAAGGCCAUUGUCAAUUCGCAUUAGUGGAUAGAGCUCGUUCGAUGGCUGGCCUUUAUUAAUGAAUAAAUUGCCGCACCACAUCGACUAUUGUACCCAGGUGUAUAAUUCAUGGACCUACAAUUCUUAAGGGAUUUUCGGUUGAUUGCCCUAUAUUAACUCUAGUAGCGACUGGCUUAAUAAGCUGCGUUAAUCUAAUGAAAAAUAGUGACAUUAGGAUACAUAA